UUAAGCUGCUCUCCAAACGUUUGCUGGCGUCCCCCACUCCCAAAGCCCUAAUUUUUCCUCGCAAAACCCUCGUUGUUCCCGAAAUGGGACGGCGGAAGGGCGGGAACAAGAGCCUCGCUCCGGGAGACAGCCAGAAGAGCAGCUCGAGUAAUUCCCUCCACGACGCGGCCACCGGGACGAGCAUCGGCGGCGGGGAGGAGGUGGACGAGGUGAUCGAGGAGAGGACCGAGAGCUCCAACCUCGAGAACCCGCCCCAAUCCCUAGCCCUAUCCAGCAGCGACCAGACCAGCGCCGAUUAUUACUUUGAUUCCUACUCCCACUUCGGCAUUCAUGAAGAAAUGUUGAAAGAUGUUGUCAGGACAAAGACUUAUCAGAAUGUUAUAUAUCAGAACACCUUUCUCUUCAAGAACAAGGUGGUUCUUGAUGUGGGUGCAGGAACAGGAAUUCUUUCUUUUUUCUGUGCAAAAGCAGGAGCAAAACAUGUGUAUGCGAUAGAGUGCUCCCACAUGGCUGACAUGGCAAAAGAAAUUGUUCAAGCAAAUGGAUUUUCAAAUGUCAUAACAGUCUUGAAGGGAAAGGUUGAAGAGAUUGAGCUUCCAGUUACCUGUAUAGAUGUCAUUAUUUCUGAGUGGAUGGGUUAUUUCCUGCUCUUUGAGAAUAUGUUGAACACAGUGUUGUAUGCACGUGAUAAAUGGCUUAUUAAUGAUGGAAUUGUGCUACCAGACAAAGCCUCUCUAUAUUUGACAGCGAUUGAGGAUGCCGAGUAUAAGGAAGAUAAAAUUGAAUUCUGGAAUGAUGUAUAUGGCUUUGACAUGAGCUGCAUCAGGAAACAGGCUAUGAUGGAACCGCUUGUUGAUACUGUGGACCAAAAUCAAAUAGUCACCAACUGCCAGUUGCUCAAGACAAUGAAUAUUUCAAAAAUGGCUCCAGGAGAUGCAUCUUUCACAGCACCUUUUAAACUUGUGGCAGAACGCAAUGAUUACAUCCAUGCUCUUGUGGCUUACUUUGAUGUCUCAUUCACCAAAUGUCACAAGAUGAUGGGAUUCUCUACAGGGCCAAGAUCAAAAGCUACCCACUGGAAGCAAACUGUCCUGUAUCUGGAAGAUGUUCUGACCAUUUGUGAGGGAGAAGCAUUGGUUGGGAGCAUGACUGUGGAGCCCAACAAGAAAAAUCCACGGGAUGUUGACAUUAUGCUCAAGUAUUCAUUAAAUGGGCAACAUUGCCAGGUCUCCAGAACUCAACAUUAUAAAAUGCGUUAACCUUGGAUCGUUGUUCAUCUGCAAGAGGUACACGGUGACUUAUUAACAUGCUUUAAGUUCUAAUUUAUUCUAUCAGGCGAGCACACAGAAUUGGUGCGUCAGAGAUCUUAUACAUAUAAUUUGUGAUCUUAUGUUGCAAUGUGUUAUGAUGUUUGAUGAGUUUAUAUUGUUUUUCCACCUUCAAAAAUAAUCAUAGCAUUUCGAUCCAAAAUUUGAUGUUAAUCCGUGAUGGAAACUAUCACAAGUUAACCA